UGCGAUUCUGGUUUUAAUAUGAGACGUUGGUAGCGUGACGACCAAGAACAAAGGCUUGCGAAGUGCUCACGUCAAAGCCACAGGCGAUGUAAGCUUCACAUAUGUUUUAAUCCGUUCUAGUUAUGUAAACGGUCCCGUUUUGCUCGUAAUCUUUUCCAGAUAUUUGAAGUAUUUCCAUUAGUAAAGUUACAAGAGUUCACAAAGCUACGACAGCCGCGAACGAGACAAGCUUAUGUUCCACGUGAACAGACAACAAAAUUCGUCCCGGUAGCCGGUGCCAGCGCGGUUACCGGGCUCAUAUAUGAAGAGGCCCUAAGUGGUGUACUCACGCGUAACGCUACCUGUGGCUGCGUUACAGCGGGAACCCAUCGGCCAGAAAGACCAUGACAGCUCGUGUACUAACAACGUUUUGGAGAUUUUCAUCUGGCUUCCGAACGCCAAGCAGAAAAAUAAUUGUCCACCUUUCUUCAUUGCAAAUUCCAACUGCAACUGCCACCACAGCGAGCAUUUUUGAGCCAAUACCCAGAGAGGAGCUGGUGACGAAAUUCAAGUCGAGGCUAAGAGACAGGCAGUUUCUUCCAGGCUCCACGGGCGGUGGUUUCCCAGAGUUCCUAGCAGAGCCAAGAGAUUCAUUCCCACUCGGCGUGCGAGUAAAUAAUAGGAACCAGUCCUCUCUCACGGAGCUGACUGAGAAAUGCAUGGAUUACGUGGAGGAAAACUUCCCACAUAGCCCCGCGAUAUUGUUCCGUGAUCUGCCAGCUAAAACAGCAGAGGACUUUUCGAUCAUUGCUCAAGCGAUUAAAGGGAAAACUUUGACUUACGACGGUGGUACGGCAUUUCGGACCCAGAUUGACAAAAGUGCCGGGACCUACACGGCCAGCAUCGACCCACCUAGUUAUACAAUAGAGCCGCACAAUGAAAUGGCUUUUAAUGAUGUCUUCCCUUCCAAGGUGUUCUUCUUCUGCCUAAAACAGGCUGCUGAAGGCUGCGGUGGUGAAACACCACUUGUGAAAAACAAGGAACUUCUCUCUAAACUUGACUCUGCAGUUGUACGAAAGUUUGAAGAAAAGAAACUGCGAUAUGUACGCUACUUGCCGGACAAAUCUCGCGGGGAUUACAUGAACUGGCAGCACGUUUUCUUUACUGAGAACAAAGAGGAUGUCAAGCCCAGAGCGAAACAACAAGGGUACAGUGUCACAUGGGACCCGAACGGAGAUUUGUACUUAUGGCAAAACAGAGAUGUCUUCAUACAUCAUCCGCUGACCGGAGAGAAAAUCUGGUUCAACCAGGCAACGUCGCACAAUGGCUCCUACUACAGGGACAUGCCAAACUUUCACGGCACAGAGAUCCCGGAUGAUAAGUUUCCCUGCCACACUUACUACGGCGACGGAAGUGAAAUUGAACCGGAAGCGUUGCAGCACAUCCGGGCAACAGCGUGGGAAUGCGCAGUCGGGUUUCAGUGGAGAAGUGGCGAUCUACUGGUGAUGGAUAACCUGGCCGUGCAACACUCGCGGAUUGGGUUUACGGGCGAUAGAAAGGGUCGACCAGGUCGCAGUCCUACCCAUGCUUCUAACACUGGAGCUCGCUGAAGAGAAGAAAAGAAACAAAGCAUGUCAGACAAUGCUAAACCGAUCUUCCCAGCCGACUUUAUCACGAGCAUUGGGCAGCAUUUCUUAAAACGUGGACGCAGCAAGGUCGAGUGGUUAGGGCGGCGGACUUGAAAUCCGGAAGUCGCGUGUGGUUAAGUCCAGCUCUGACCACUAACUGGGGUCAUUUCUCGGUAGAUCCUAGUUCAACCCCUGGGUCAUGCUUGAAAAUAGCCAACUGAUCUGCCUCCUUCCAGUUGGGAUUUUUAAGUCUAUUAUGUUUAGAUGAUAAACAUAAUUUGAUAG